CUGAAAGCUCCAUUGUUUAAAAAUUGUUUGGUGUUAGAAUGUCUUAGUUUUUAUAUUUGUGUUGUAGUUAUGAUUUGUAAGAAUGAAUUAGUUGUUUAGGUUUAUUUAUUGUUUGGCUUAGUUGUCUUGUCCCUCCCUUUCUUGUUUCAUGUAGGCUAGCCUGUAUGUUUAAAUUCCCUUAUGUUUGGUGUAAGAGGUCAGUCCUGGUUUGUCAGUUUAGGUUAGGUAUUGGUUGAUUCUUUCCUAUGGGCCCAUUUUUCUAGAUUUUUUUGUGUGCUUUUGAUGGAUUUUUGUCAACUUUCAUGGAAGAAUAAAUGGAGGAUAUUUCUUGUAUACUUUUGUCCUUUGUCUAACUGUUUGGUCCCUGACAAUUGGUGUCAGGAGAGGGAUGCAUCCAGUUAAGGACAUUAGUAUUCAUUCAUUUUUUGUUAAAAUGAAAGAAGCCAAAGGAGGUAAAGGCAAGUUAGCCCCUGUAGAUAGGGAAGAACAAACCGACCAUGAGUAUUGUGAAGUGGCUGAUGGUGAAGAUGAUGGACAGGGGAGAGAGCCGACUAUAUCUGAUCUGGCGAAUAUCCUUCAAGCCCAUAUUGGUCAACAGAAAACUCGAGAGGAACGAUGGGAGAAGGAGAUGGAACCUCAGGACCACAGGUUUAAGGCUCUCCAGCAUCAGUUCAGUUUAUUUCAAAUGGAGGUGCAGACACACCCUUCUAUAGGCCUGAGGCCUGUAGUACAAGACCCUGCCCACUCCUCUGCAGGCUUGAGGCCUGUAUCUCAGAAGAGGCCGGAUAAAGAGGAUUUGGAUCAUUUGCCACUGGAAUCGGUGCCCUCUUUGGUUAAACCAGGUGACUCUAUACCUAUCCCUUUCUCCAAAGAACCAAAAUUGGAGAAGUUAAGUGAUGAUGAUGACGUUGAACACUUCCUUAUAACUUUCGAAAGGAUAGCAUGUGUUUGUAGAUGGCCUAAACAUGACUGGGCAUUUCACUUGAUUCCACUCUUAACUGGGAAAGCCAGGAGUGCGUAUGUACAUAUGGAUGUGGAUGAGUCAAUGAACUAUGAGUGUGUUAAGGCUGCCGUUUUACAGAAAUACGAAAUUAAUAGUGAGACUUGUCAUCAGAGGUUCCGCUCUCUCCAGGUGGAACCAAAUGAGUCUCCCAGGGAGCUCUAUGUGAGACUCAAGGAGCUUUAUGGGAAGUGGGUCCAGCCCCAAGGUAAGACUGUUGAAGAAAUUAAUGAAAUUAUAAUUCUUGAGCAGUAUUUCCGGAUGUUGUCUCCAGAACUUCAAGUGUGGAUUAAGGAACGUAAUCCAAAAGAUGCAGCAGAGGCGGUUUCGUUGGCAGAUGCAUUUGUAUCAGCACGUAGGAAGAGCCAACCAUGGGCUUUAAAGCAGCAAAACAGGAUUUUACACCGACCCCGGGUAACACCGGUUCGACUGAAACUGUGGGUAAGCAGUCGGGAAAGGGGAAUUGGGGAUUCUCAAGUCAAAUAAAACCCCUAAAAAAACCCAUAUGCUAUUUGUGUGGUCAAGAAGGCCACACAAAACCAAUGCGUCCUCAAAAUCCUGCCAAAUUCUCGCAGAUGUGCUUUGUACCCAGAGAGAACCAUGUAUUAACUAAACAAAAGCAGCCGUAGGUGGAGACUACUGUGGAGAUAGACGGGCAAAGGCUCAAGGCCCUGAUUGACACCGGAAGCUCCCAGUCACUUGUACUUCGCAGGUAUGUUCCGUCAUAUAAGAUUUGCACCUCGGAAACGUUACCCAUCUGCUGUGUUCAUGGAGAUGAAAAACAUUAUCCCACAGCAGACAUUUAUAUGAAGGUGCAAGGACAUGUGUACCUGCUGAAUGUGGGGGUCAUGGAUAAAUUACUGUUUCCUGUAGUUUUGGGGAAUGAUCUCCCAGUCCUCACUGAACUAAUAAAUGCUCCAAAAAUGUGCAAUGUUGUCAUGACACAAUCUCGGUCUAAGGCUUCCAAGGAAGAUGAGCCCAGCCUAAGAGCAUUACCAUUUUUUGAGGCUGAGAUUCAAGUGGGUCCAACUAAAGAACGAAAGUCCCGUAUGCAGCGCAAACGAGACACAUUUAGAUGUAUAAUAACCUCUUCGGUGUUACCUGAACCUGAUGUCCAGCUAGGCUUUACAAUUCCUGAUAAUAUUGCGGAACUGCAGCAUCAGGAUAGAAGUUUGGCUGACUUUAUUAAGAGAGCUGGAGAGGGAGGAACUGCAGAGGUAUUCUCCAUGCAAAAUGGCAUCCUCUAUAGGAAACAUGGAGCAGUGGAACAGCUCGUGGUACCCAAAACAGCCAGAGAGACUGUUUUGACUUUGGGCCAUUCCAUUCCCUGGGCUGGCCACCUGGGGAAACAUAAAACAAUAGCCCGUAUUCAGCAGUGUUUCUACUGGCCAGGAUUGCAUAAAUAUGUUGCCAGAUUUUGCAGGAGUUGUCCUCAAUGUCAAAAAACAUCAACCAGAGUUGCAGCAAAAGCUCCCCUUCAUCCUCUUCCUAUAAUAAAUACAUCAUUUGAACGUUUGGGCAUGGAUGCUGUGGGCCCGGUGGAGAAGAGCAAAUCAGGUAACCGAUUCAUGUUGGUUAUUACUGAUUAUGCGACAAAGUAUCCAGAAGUGUUCCCUUUGAAAUCUGUUACAGCCAAGGCUGUUGCAUUUUGUCUUGUUCAGUUUUUUUGCACGAGUGGGAUUCCCUAAAGAAAUAUUGAUUGAUCAAGGGACAAAUUUUAUGUCUAAGUUACUUAGGGAUGUGUAUAAACUGAUUGGAAUUAGGGGGCUGAGAACUACCCCAUAUCACCCCCAAACUGAUGGAUUUACAGAGAGGUUUAAUCAGACUCUUAAGAAUAUGCUUUGUAAGUUCAUCAAUGAAACUGGGUCGGAUUGGGAUCAAUGGCUCCCUUACCUCUUGUUUGCCUAUCGGGAGGUACCCCAAGCUUCUACAGGGUUUUCCUCCUUUGAGUUGCUCUUUGGCUAUGAGGUGCGAGGACCGCUGGCACUUCUUAAGGAAAAGUGGGAGGGGGAGAAGGCUGGAAAAGAACCUGUUAAUGUCAUUUCUUAUGUUCUACAGAUGAGGGAAAGGAUGGAAAAGAUUACCACAUUGGCUCAGGAACACAUGCGUGUCUCUCAGCAGAAGCAAAAAACCUGGUACGAUCAAACUGCGUAUGAGAGGAAUUUUGAACCAGGUCAGAAAGUAUUAGUACUGUUACCUACUGAGGGCAGUAAGUUCUUGGUUCGGUGGCAAGGGCCAUAUGAAAUUCUUCAAAAAUUGGGUCCUACCACUUACAAGAUCUGUACUCCAGAUCAGAGACGCAGCACCAGAGUUCUCCACAUUAACCUGUUGAAGAAGUGGGUUGCAAGGCCUGAGGAGAGGCAAGAUGUAUUUCUCAUCAGAAAUGUGGAGGAUGAGGAGGUGGAGGAACAGUAUCUACCUCUACCAUCAGCCACUGCGCUCGACCUGAGUCAUCUGUCCCUUGAACAGCAGUCACAAGUUAGAGCCCUUUGUGAUAACAAUGUCUUCUGUGAUAAUCCUGGAUUACUGAUUAUGUCAAACAUGACAUCCGUCUGCGGGAGGAUGCAGCUGUAAAACGAAGGAGUUAUAGGAUUCCAGAACGCCUUACGGGUCCUUUGAGGGAGGAGAUUGACCUAAUGCUCUCUUUGGGCAUCAUUGAGCUUUCUCGGAGUGAAUGGUGUAACCCUAUUGUUCUCGUUCCAAAAAAAGAUGGCUUAUUGAGGUUCUGUAUAGACUUCCGCUAUCUGAAUUCUGUUUCCAAGUUUGACUUGUACCCAACCCCCCGUAUUGAUGACUUGGUUAGUUGUCUUAGUAAAGCAAAGUAUCUGACCACCAUUGAUCUUUCUAAAGGGUAUUGGCAGGUUCCUCUUACCAUCAGGUCACGGGAGUUGACUGCUUUUAGGACACCUUGGGGCCUGUAUCAGUUCACAGUCAUGCCUUUUGGGCUGCAUG